GUUGUGUGCAUCCCUUUACAGCCGAUGUUGUUGUCGAUCUUGAUCUUGAUAUUUACAAGAUGGUAUCCAUGAGAAGUGCAUCCCGGGAACAAGAACGAACAACAAUUGAGCACUUACUUCAACCAACUAUUGAUAGUCUAAAGAUUAUCACUUUAAACAACUAG